AAUCAGUUAGUCAAAGUCAUUCAGAACACAAGGAACACAGUGAAAGUAGUUCAAGCUCUUAUCAUGCUAAACAAGAUAGCAAUGGAAACAAACAAGUCGAUGCCAAGAAAGAACAUACCGAACAUGAUUCCAGUAAAGUAAGCGAUAAAGGAACUUACCAAGUUAAAGGUAAAGAUGGCAAAGAAGUCAAAGCCAGCUAUGACCAUAGUCAAAGUGACAGCAAAGAUAAAUCCGAUAAAAAGACUUUACACAUGAAGGAAGGUCAUGGUAAACAAGAAUUCGAUGCCAACCAUGAAUAUAGUGAAGAUGAAAAACAUAGUAAAAAAGAAAAUGACAGCUUCAAGUACAAGGAUGGUCAUGGUAAAGAAGUAAAUGCCAAACAUAAAUCAAGUGAAGAAGAAAACCAUAGUAAAAAUGGUAAAGACUCCGUACACUAUAAGAGUGGUCAUGGUAAAGAAGAAUUCGAUGCCAAACACAAAUAUAGUCAAAGUGAUAGCUCAAGCAAAAAAGAAAAUGAUAGCUUCAAAUACAAGGAUGGUCAUGGUAAAGAAAUAGAUGCCAAACAUAAAUCUAGUGAAAAACAUAGCUCUAAUGAAGACGAAGAUGACAGCGUACACUACAAGAAAGGUCAUGGUAAAGAAGAAUUCGAUGCCAGCCAUAAAUAUAGUAAAAACGAAAAACACAGUAAAUCCGAAGAUGACAGUUUACACCUCAAGGAUGGUCACGGUAGAGAAUUCGAUGCCAAACAUAAAUCUAGUGAAAAACAUAGUCUUAGUGAAGAUGAAGAUGACAGCGUACACUACAAGAAAGGUCAUGGUAAAAAAGAAUUCGAUGCCAGCCAUAAAUAUAGUAAAUCCGAAAAACAUAGUAAAUCCGAAGAUGACAGUUUCCACUUCAAGAGUGGUCAUGGUAAAGAAUUCGAUGCCAAACAUAAAUCUAGUGAAAGCCAUAGCGAACACGAAAAUGAUGAAAGCAGUUAUCACUUGAAGAGUGGUCAUGGUGAUGGUGACGACGAUGAAUUUGAUGGUCACUAUAAAUCUGGUAAACAUGGUGAACAUGAUGAAAGUCAUGAAGUAACCAUUAAGAAUGGUCAUGGUGCUGACGAAAAACAUGAAGAACACGGAUGGGAAGAAGAAGGUUUUGAUGAACACGAAACUGUCAAUGGCAAAGAAACUGUAACAAACACGGAAAGAACUGGUGGCACAAGAACUGGUGGAAAAAACACAAGAAAUCCCUUAAAUUCCGAAGCAAUAAAUGGUUUGAAUACUGGUGGAACCAAUGUGAAUCUAAAGGUGCUGACUGGUGGACCAACUGGUACAAUAAACCUUGACCCAACAUUCCAUCAUAGUAAACAAUGGUGGGGACACUGGUGGAAAAAGCAUGGUUGGAAAAAACAGUUCGCCAAAGAAGAUUGUGAUGCUAGUGAAUUUAUUUCAACCUAUAAAAAAUCCUCCCACAAAAAAUCCUCUCAUAAAUCACUUGAAGAAUUAUGUACUGAUGACAAAUGGUUUGAAUCCUGGUGGAAUGAAUGUCAAUCCAAAGAUCCUUCAUGGUGGGACAACUGGUAUAAUAAAUACGCCAAGGAUAAUGAUGAUGGUAAAGAUUUAGACUCUAGAUAUCAUCACACUGAAGAUUGGUGGAAAAAAUGGUGGAAAGAAUUCGGCUCCAAGAAAACCAUUGCAAAAGAAGAUUAUUUAGACCCUAAAUUCCAUCACAGUGAAGGUUGGUGGAAGAAGUGGUGGAAAGAAUACGGCUAUAAGAAACACUUUGAUGCUGAAGAUUGUGAAGACUUUGAUAUAUCUUUCGAAGAUGGUUUUGAUAAACAUGGUGAUAAACAUGGUGAUGAUGAUGAUUGUGAUGUAUGCAAGUCUAGCAACUUUUUUGAUAGCUGGUGGAGCAAAUUCGAAUCAAAAGACUCUUCAUGGUGGGAAAGUUUCUGGAAGAAAUACGCAUGUGACAACGAUGAUGGCAAAGAUUUAGAUCCUAAAUACCAUCACAACAAACAAUGGUGGGCACACUGGUGGAGUCAAUACGGUUGGAAAAUACAUUUUGAUGAUGAUUGUGAAUUUAAGGAUCUUGUACACAAACAUCCCAAACGUGACUUAAUCAAAAGAAUCUUGGGAUCCAAGAGUUUAAAAUUAAGAUCCCAAUAA